CUGGAUUAUUUAAUAAACAUUUUGUAGGUUUUGGUUCUUCAUUUGCACCAUGUACUCUCAUCCAUGAAACUCUCUGUUGGCUCCAUUUUUGAAGCCUUGCUCCUUCUAGGUUCACAGGUCUUGUUCUUCUCACUCGCAUGGCAGUUUCUCGUUCAGGGUCUUGUGCGUGACUAUGCUUCCAACAGUUCCGACCAGGAAUUCCUUCUUUCAGUCUUCCCCACAAGUACAUACAGGCGCAAGCAAAAAUGGUGGCAAGGUGGCAUGCUCGUUCAAGUUGUGUUUGCACUCACAUUGACUUGGAGCUGUCUGCUUUUUGAGCUCAUUAUUCUCGAAAUCCUCGGAAUGUUCAGUCGCGAAUCCCGCUGGUAUUUUUGGAGGCUCAUUUUGUAUGCCAUGCUAGGACUUGUCAUUGUGAUCAUUCCGUACUAUCAAUGCGUCCUCAUUGUGCAGAAUACAGGGAUAUCAACUCAAAAAGCGCUGCCAAUCGCAGCUGCCAUAUGGUCAAUAUACUUUUACCUCUUUAUCAAGGUCGGGAAUGGGUUCCCUACUCCAGGAAUAUUCUCUAUGGAAUGGGGGAUGUCGCGGGUUGGAAUUAUCGGAGUGACAAUAAGCGCCAUCCUCUCUGGAUUUGGAGCUGUCAAUGGCCCGUAUUCAAACUUGUUUUUCUUUUUACGUCAAGUCACGGAUGUCGAUAUCCAACUUGCAGAAAAAAAGUGUAUGCAAACCCUGGAGAUGAUUGCAAGGAAAAAGAAGCAAAUUAUGCUCCAGGAGACUAGGCUUGGAGCACUUGAUCCAAACGCGUCCAAAGUUGGAGGCUUUGUACGCAAGAUUUUCGGUACCGUUUCGGGCAGUUCUGGAAUGGAGGAUCUGCAGGGUCUGAAACAGGAACUGGCUGCCCUGGAAGGAAUAUCUAGGCAAUUGUUCCUGGAUAUUGAUGACCUAUAUGUCGAAAAGGCGCGAUUAGAGUAUUCAAAAACAUGGCAAGGCAAAUAUAGUAACCUCCUGGGUUAUAUUUUCUCAAUUUACUGCGUCUAUAAACUGGCGAUGGCGCUCAUAAACACUUUGUUCAGUAGAGCUGGGUCAACAGAUCCUAUCACUGCUGUUAUCAGCAAGUUUAUUUCGUACACUAAUAUGAAGAUUGAUGUACGGUUUUGGUCGCAGCAACUCAGUUUCUUUUUUGUUGGACUCAUGAUCUUUCUAUCAAUACGUGGACUGUUGCAGGUGCUAUCCAAGUUUUUUCGUGCCUUUUCAAGACAUAUCUCUUCCAACAAUAUCAUUUUAUUCUUGGCACAUAUUAUGGGCCUUUAUUUCUUGAGCUCUGUUCUUACCAUGCGCCAGAGUCUCCCUAUCGAGUACAGGUCCAUCAUUUCCGAUUCACUUGGCGCUCUGGAAUUUGAUUUUUAUCACCGAUGGUUUGAUGUUAUUUUCCUUAUUAGUGGAAUAGUCAGCAUGGCUUUCUUAUAUUUUGUGCACAAGGCUAGUGGUAGCAGUAAUGUUCUUGCUAAAGAUCCCACCUUUGAGCUUAUGAUUGAGCAUGAUAUUUCUGAUUAUCGUCUUUCCAAAUCUCACGAUUUCCAGUCCGCUAAAUCCUCAGAUUCACGUUACAGUAUAUCUUUGACGGCGCAAUGGCGCUCGCGUGGAUCUUGAUUGUAGAAUAAAUUUGAAUUAAAAUAGCAAAUAACAAAAAUAACAUCAAC